ACGCGCGUACAACACCUGUCAUACUUACUAUGACGAAGAUAAGUUAAAUGUAAGCUUGCUAGUUUUUGAAGGACAUUGCUCAGUAAUGAUUAAAAUAAGGUAAACUCAGUGACAACCUGAGUUGCAAAAGGCGAAGCAAAACGAGUAGGAAGUAACUAGCAGAUAAAUCACAAUGGACUUCCUGAAGCGCUGUUUGAUUAAACGUCCAACACCCGAAGAUUUGGCUGAUGGGUUGGAAACUGCUCCAGAAUAUACAGCUCGAUGGAACUCCAUCAGGAUAAUUUAUUAUACGAUGUUUUUAAUGUCACUUGGAUUUAGUAUUAUUUUGACUGGUGUUUGGCCUUAUUUAGAUAAGUUAGAUCCCAAUGCAGGAAAGGAGUUCAUGGGGUGGAUCGUCAGUGCCAAUCCAGUGGGUCAAAUGAUUUUCAGUCCCCUAGUCGGCAUGUGGAGCAAUAAACUUGGCUCAAUACGGCUACCACUACUGUGUUCGCUAGCAUUAUUCUCGAUAGCCAGUGGAAUGUAUUCUACGCUUGAAUUGUUCACCUCGCACCAUAAGUAUUGGAUGUUGUACUCACGUUUUUUGAUCGGAGUAAGUUCGUCUAGUAUAGCUGUUUGCCGAUCGUAUUUAUCAGCGGCUACUAAACUGAAAGAACGCACGGGUGCUGUGUCGAUGGUUUCAUUAGCACAGACAUUAGGGUUCAUCGUCGGACCGGCACUGCAGGGAGUGGUAACUCCGCUUGGAGAUCGCGGUUACCCAUUGUUGAGAUAUACUUUACAUCUCAACAUGUAUACAGCAACUGGCUGGAUCAACGUUGUUAUGGGAAUAAUGAACUUUUGUCUAUUUCUUCCGUUCAUAUUCAAAGAAAAACGCAUCGCUGCAAGGGAAGCAAUGAUUAAGCGAGGUAUGGAAACUGAAAAGGAGACAUGGAAAGCCAUCAAACCUGAUUACGUUUCGGCCUGGUCGUUGAUAUUUGCCUUCUUCAUACUAGUGUUCAAUUUCGUAUUCUUAGAAACGUUAGCAACCCCACUCACGAUGGAUAUGUUUGCGUGGACAAAAGCAGAAGCUUUGUACUACAUGGCUUGGGUUAUGGCCGUGGGAGCAAUUGUUGCCAGUGCAACCUUCGUUCUGAUAGGUCCACUUUGUAAAAAGUUCCCAGAGCCCAGUGUUUUGCUUUGGGGAGGCUUCUUUUUGAUGGUACUCGGACGUGCAGUAUAUAUACCGAUGGGGGAUACUCCUCCGAAGUUGGCAGUUCUAACGAACGAAACUGUGGCUCUUGAAAUACAAGCUGAAUCCAGUGUUUACGGAUCUAAUUUUUCGGAAGUUUUUUCGAAUCUUUCUCGCGUUGCAUUAAGUGACGAUUCUGACAGGGCUGAAGAAUUGGACGCAGUUGAAUUGUUGGGCUGCCCUCCUGCUCAGGAAUGGUGCAAGACAACAAAAGGAAUGACAAUUACCCAGUUUCUAGUGGGGUAUGCCUUCACAGCGAUUGGCUACCCAAUCGGAGUUACACUGAUAACUACUAUCUUCUCAAAGAUUCUCGGACCGCGGCCGCAGGGAACAUGGAUGGGAUUGAUGACAGGAUCCGGCUGUUUGUCGCGGGCUAUGGGGCCAGUGUUUCUGUCCACAAUUUAUACUAAAUUAGGAUUGUAUUGGACGUUUGGUUCUACUGCACUGAUGAUGGCAGGUACCAUGUUAUGGAUAUGGUUUGUACGAGAGAGAUUAACCCCUAUGAACUAUGAAAAUCCUAUGUCAGGGCAGGAGUUGCUUACGUUAAACAGAAAUAAAGACGCUGAAAAAUCAGGUCUUACCGAAAAAGAAAAGCUAAACAGUAAUGGAUCCCACGGACAAGAUUCAUAACAAACUGUCGACAAUCACAGUUGAGUCUGAUAUUUAAGGUCUAGGUGUGAAAGAUAUUCUAAGUGUUUGAGGCAUUUCAUAUGCGAGUAGAUUUAUAUUAUGAUAUGCUCAAAAUGAAUACAAGUUUACAAGUUCAAUGACACUGACUAGAAAACAGGUAACAUAAGGAAAUGUGAUACUUAUACACGCAGUUCAGAGCGAGUAAAUCAUUUUACAAUUUAUUGCGUAAAUUUACCUUCCUGUUCAUAUAUGAAUGAGAAUGUUUUCUGUUCAAAAUUAACAGAUAUACAGAAUUGAGCAUAUAGAUAGGUAGAUGCAAUUUCUUCAUCAUUUUAGAAACGUUUUGUAUAUUGACUUGAUAUGGUGGAUAAUAAAAUAUACUUGAACGUGAGAGUAA